AUGGCCGACACCGUGCGCCUCGAUAUCUGCGCCAGUGACGCCGAUGUCCAGGCCCGUGUAGCCGAGAACUUUACCGCGGUAGGUCGUAUCGAUGUCGUGGUGAACAACGUGGGGUAUAUUCUUGAGGGAGCCAUCGAGGAGUGCAGCCAACUGCGUCUUCUCCGCGCUGUUCUGCCAACAAUGCACGCACAGAGAUCGGGCACUGUCGCUAAUAUGGAAGCUGCGAUCCAGCGUGUCUUAACGGCUGCUAACGCGCGCGAUGAUGUGCUGACAAUCAUUUUCAUGGCCCUCAUCGUUGGCUCGGCCUUCUACAGAACACCCGAUCCAACCGCAGGGUUCGCUUCAAAAGGCGGAUUGCUGUUCUUUGCAGGGCUACUCAACACUUUCACCGCGAUGAGCGCGAUUAACAACCUCUAUUCUCAAAGUCCCACAGUCGUGAAACAGGCAUCCUACACUUUUUAUCAUCCCUCAACAGAAGCCAUUGCUGGAGUAAUCGGUGAUAUCCUUGUAAAAUUCGUUGUCGCGGUCGUCUUUAACACCAUCAUGUAUUUCAUGGGGUAUCUCCGUAGGGAGGCGUCACAGUUUUUCAUCUACAUCCUCAUCACAUUUGUGAUCAUGCUCGUGAUGAGCGCCGUCUUCAGGACAGUGGCAGCAGUCACGAAGACUAUAUCUCAGGCUAUAGGACUAGCUGAAGGCCUCAUCGUCGCCCUCAUCGUCGGAUGCGGAUCUGGUAUCGGAGGGUGGGUCGAAGCUGUUUGA